ACCACCAUGUCUGACGUCCCUACGAAGAAGGAUGUACCCAUCGACCUCAACAUCCCCGACAAUUACGUCCAGCACACUCUGACGACGACCAAACCGCUGCCUCCCAUCACUCUUUCCAAUAUUCUCAAUGAAAUCAACUGGCUUUCUUUCAUCAUCCUUACCUCGACCCAAUAAUGGGAGUUAUCGGUGCUUAUUAUACCAGGCUCAGAUGGGAGACCGCUGUCUGGGCUGUGGUGUAUUAUUUCAUCACUGGUCUUGGUAUCACGGCAGGGUACCAUCGUCUCUGGGCGCAUAGGUCGUAUAAUGCUUCAAAGCCGCUCCAGUAUAUGCUCGCCAUGGCGGGAGCUGGUUCCCUGGAGGGAUCGAUCAAGUGGUGGUCUCGAGGUCACCGCGCGCACCACCGGUAUACAGACACCGAUCUCGAUCCAUACAAUGCUCACCGGGGCUUUUUUUACUCGCAUGUUGGCUGGAUGCUCGUUAAGCCUAGGCGGAAGCCCGGUGUCGCGGAUGUCAGUGAUCUGAGCAAGAGCAGUGUUGUGAGGUGGCAGCACAGGCAUUACUUGCCGCUCAUCUUGACUAUGGGUUUUGCCGUUCCCUCUGUGAUCGCGUGGUUGGGAUGGGGUGACGCGAAGGGUGGGUUCGUAUAUGCUGGUGUUUUGCGACUAGUCUUCGUGCAUCACUCGACUUUCUGCGUCAAUUCCCUCGCUCAUUGGCUUGGAGAGACCCCCUUUGAUGACAAGCAUACACCAAAGGACCAUAUAGUCACAGCAUUCGCUACCAUCGGUGAGGGAUAUCACAACUUCCACCACCAGUUCCCGAUGGACUACAGGAACGCGAUCAAAUGGUACCAGUACGAUCCCACGAAAUGGUUCAUUUGGUCGAUGCAGAAGAUUGGACUUGCGAGUCAUUUGAAAGUUUUCCCUGAGAAUGAAGUUCGCAAGGGUCAACUGACGAUGCAGCUCAAGCGUCUUCGGGAGACUCAGGAAUCGCUUGCCUGGCCUUCAAAUAGUGAUGACUUACCUGUUGUUUCAUUCGACAGUUUCCAAACGCAGUCGCAAAAGCGUCCACUCAUUCUCAUUUCGGGUUUCAUUCACGAUGUUUCGACGUUCGUGGAUGAGCACCCUGGUGGUGCGCAUCUCCUUGUCAAGUUCAUCGGCAAGGACGCGACUACGGCUUUCUUCGGUGGUGUGUACGACCACUCGAAUGCUGCUCAUAAUCUUCUCGCCAUGAAGCGCGUCGGCGUACUCCACGGCGGACAUCCUCACAUUCUGGAUAUCACCAAGCGAAUUCCACCCAGCCAACGCCUCAAGAUUGCGCGGUAUAAUGAAUUGAGCUCGAACUAUGCCAGUAGCACGGCGUGGAGUGACGGCGAUGAGGAGGAACAGGAGGGUACGGUGAAGAAGCUCCGCAAGUAGGUUGUCGUUAGUAAAACCCUUUGACUCCAUACGGUACUAUAUUCUCAGCGCCGAAAUUAGACGAAAUUGUUCUCUCAUAUAAAACGUGACGUUUGUUGCAGAUGUGUGGAUUGUUCAUAAGGG